UCUUUUCUUAUUUUGCCCCAUUCAUGGUGAGCACCAUUUGCUCGGGUUCAUUGUAUUAAAUUUAACAAGAUGAGGAACGGCAGCAGUGUGAGCACCAAGGACUGGGAGCGUCGAAUGCCACGGAUGACCUCAUUUGUCCGGCUGCUGGUCAAGGAGACAGAGAAGAUGGUCUCUUUCUUCUUCAAAGGGAGUGAAGAGUUUAUGGGAGAGGAUGAGGAGGAGAGGAGCAUUUACCUAGACAAGCCCAUGCUCGACAAGGAAAUGGAGGAAGGACAGGUGCCCGAAGGCCUAUCUUAUGCUCUGGCCAGCAUGCAGGGCUGGCGGGCCCAGAUGGAAGACGCCCAUACCUGUGUGACUGAGAUGCCAGGAGAACUCGCCGACUGGUGCUUCUUUGCCGUGUACGAUGGGCAUGCCGGAAGUACUGUAGCUCAGUAUUGCUCCCGGCACCUACUGACACAUAUUUUAGCAACAGGUAAGGUGACAGCUGAUGGAGACCCCGAGAAAGUCAAGGAAGGGAUCCGCGAUGGCUUCCUCAGCAUUGACAGCUGCAUGCACGACCUGACCCGACAAGAGAAGUGGGAGAACAGCGGCUCCACGGCGGUGGCAGUCAUGAUUUCACCCCGGCACAUCUAUUUCAUUAACUGCGGUGACUCCCGGGCUGUGCUAUGCCGUGACGGACAUGUUUGUUUCUACACCGAAGAUCACAAACCCUUCAAUCCCCGGGAGCAGGAGAGGAUCCAGAACGCUGGGGGCACCGUGUUCCUGCAACGAGUAAAUGGCUCCCUAGCCGUGUCCCGGGCCUUGGGAGACUUUGACUUUAAGGACGUGGAGUGGCGGCUGCCCACCGAGCAGUUGGUGUCCCCAGAGCCGGAGGUGUACGAAGUGGAGCGGUCGGCAGAAGACGAGUUCUUAGUGCUGGCCUGUGAUGGAGUCUGGGACGCCGUUGACAAUGAGGAGCUGUGUGCGUUCAUCCGUAGCCGCCUGCAGAUUUCCAGUGAUCUGAAGGACAUCUGCGGACAAGUGGUGGACACGUGUCUCUAUAAGGGCAGCCGGGACAACAUCAGCGUCCUUCUGAUUGGUUUCCCUGGCGCCCCCCAGGUUUCGCCAGAAGCACUGCAGCAAGAGGAAGAGCUGGAAGAAGUCAUCAGCAACAAAGUGGCAGAGAUCUUUGACGACCACACUGGAACAGAAGUACCCGGCCUGGUCUCCGUCAUAAAGCACCUGUCUGCGGAGUUGAUUCCUGGACUGCCCCCUGGUGGAGGCCUUGCUAGCAAAAGAGACUUCAUUUUUUCCUCUUACUAUAAGCUGAGAGAGGAGCGAACCCGUGACAUUCUUAAGGACUCAGUGGUGAAUCUGAUGGUGUCCACUGAAUCCAGCUAAGAGCCAGAGGAGCCACGGAAGAGAAGAGCUCUGGUGGGCACUUGGACCAAUCCCUUCAUAACUGCCAAGAGAGAAGACACUACAAGGAAUCAAACGAGAAUGCUGAGAAGUCCUGGAAUGAGCUCCUGUUCUGAAUGAGAUCUUCCUCCACAGAAUGUCUCAAAUCAUGCACAUAAUGGAGGACCGUGUCAAGGAAAAUGAGGGAACUAAAACCAAACAAGGCAUUUGCUCAGUGAUUCAACAAGUUCACCAUUUCAAACAAUCCCUUCCAGUGUGUAUUUUUAAUUUCCUUAAUAAUGACUUACUCUGUUAUUUUUUUUCCUGAAUAUAUUUUCUAGUUUUCACACUGUCACUGAUCACUUCAAAUGUCACCGCAAUUCUGGCUCUACACUCAGCGGCCACUUAAGUAGGCCCACCUGCUCCUCCAGUCCAAUUGUAGGAUUGCACACAGUCAAGUGGUCUGGAAUGGCCAACCGUGUGAUUUUAACAACUCUGAUGGUGAGAUGAUUGUUGAUGCCAGACAUGGUGGUGGUGAUGGUGCCAGAGGCCCUUCUUGGAAUUUCCCACAUUAAUGCAGUUGUGCUUCUGCAUCAAGGACCAGUGGACACAGCUCUGCCAGAUGUUGUGCAAAAAAAAGUAAUAAGCUUCCCUAAGUAUUUUAACCUAUUAUUAAAAUAUUUAAAUACCCUCA